GAAUCAAAUCAAUGGAUUAAUUCAUUACUUAACUAGUUGGUUAAUUGAAUAUGAAACACAGAAAGUCGUACAAAUUCACUCAAAGAAAAUUGGCAUAACAUUUAGACUGAUUCAAUUGGGAAUUAUCCUUUAUGUUAUCCUAUGGGUUAUGUUAUACGAGAAAGGUUAUCAAUCAUUUGAUCAAGCGGUGAGUGGAGUAACUGCUAAGCUGAAAGGUGUAGCAUUCGCCAAUGUGACAAGUAAUCCUGAGAUCGGUGCUAGAGUAUGGGAUGCAGGAGAUUAUGUGAUACCACCACAACAGAAUUCUGCUUUCUUUGUAAUGACAAAUGUUGUUUAUACAACAGGACAAAUGUUGGGUAUCUGUGAGGAAUCACAUGAUGUGCUUGGCAACAGCUGUCAGAAUGAUACACAGUGUCAUGCUGGACAGUUAGUUUUACGUGGUAGUGGAAUACAGACUGGACGUUGUGUAAAUUCUACAAGACAAGCCAAUUUGAGUGUGUGUGAAAUUUAUGGCUGGUGCCCUACAGAGUAUGAUAUUGUUCCUAGACCACAUUUAUUAGGUUCAGCUGAAAAUUUCACAGUAAUGAUUAAAAACAACAUUGAAUUUCCACGUUUCCGUGUGAAGCGCAGAAAUAUAUUAAGUUGGAUGAGUCGUCUAUUUCUGAAAACCUGUUUAUAUGACCCAAAUGAUGAGAAACUUAAAUACUGUCCUAUAUUUCGACUUGGUGAUAUAUUAAAGUAUUCUGGUUCAACUAAUAAGGAUAUCUGGGAGACUGGUGGAAUGGUGUCUAUUCACAUUGAAUGGAAUUGUGAUUUAGAUUUCGGUGAGGAGAACUGUUUACCGAAGUACAUAUUUCGUCAGUUUGAUGAUUUUAAACUGAAUGUAGCUAAAGGCUGGAAUUUUCGUUUCAGUAAUCAUUACAUUGACAAUGGUAUGCGUAAACGUAAUAUGGUUAAAGCCUAUGGAAUACAAUUUUUUAUUACAGUCUACGGAAAUGGCGGUAAAUUUGAUGUAUUAACAUUUUCAAUGAAUUUAGGCUCUGGCCUAGCCUUACUUGGCAUAGCUACUAUGCUAUGUGAUUUAAUUGUGUUGAAUAUCACAAAUAAAAGAGGUGUAUAUCGGAAGGCGAAAAUCGAUUUCAUCGCUGAGAAGGUGAAAUUACAACAAACCGAGAAAGGUGCUAAACAUCUUCAGCUGCCUACUAUUGCAUCAUCUGUUAUUCCUGAUUCUGAAAAAAAGACUGAGUUGAUUGUACGACGUCAUCUUGAUUUUCUAAGAACACCAGAAAAAGAGCAACCACCUCCAUUCCCAUCUGUAAAUUCAUUCGGUGUUCAGCCUGAUUCACUUCUUCCAGGCAAACCACCGUCAAAUAUAAGACCAGUAGAUAUCAAUAUCGCAACAGAAUCGAAAUGGAAUCCUCCUGCUUUCACACAACCAAGUUUUUCUACAUUUAUAACACCAGGAAGCAGAAGUUUAUCCUCGGGAGGAAAUCAUUUAUCUAACGGCAAAGCAGACAUAACUUCAAAUCAAAGUUACACUGGAAAUAAAAACUUUAACAAAUUUUUAGUUGCACCUACAAAUACACUUAUGGUGAGUUCUAACUUAAGAAAUGUGGUUACCAAAUAUUAAGUUAAGUUAAAGUUUAUUGUAUCAGUAGUCGAAGAAGAAGUAUGAUUGUUUUCGACUGUGUCACAUUUCAGUUGACUGAAAUCUUGUCACAAUGUCAGUUAUAAAGUCAGGCAUCAGCUGUGGUUUAAAUAUAAAAAAUGGGCUUAUGUAUUAUUUUUAUCAUCGAU